AUGCAAACAGAAGCAAAGCAACAAAAAUUGUUGAAGGGUAAAUCCCCCCUUGAUCAUGAUCCCGGUGAAGCAAAGAAGAGUGAUCAACCCUCACAAUUCCUUUGUGGUUUAUGUUUUAAUGACAAACCAGUGUCUCAAAUGUUCAAAGAGGGUAAGUGUAACCACCCCUUUUGUACUCACUGCAUAUCCAAACACGUGGCUACUCAGAUGCACCAAAACAUUCUCAAGGUGAUGUGUCCAAACCCUAACUGUCCCGUGGAAUUGAAGCCCGAAUAUUUUCACAACAUUUUGGCCAGUGAAGUCAUUGUUAGAUGGGAAACCGUGAGGUGUGAGUCUUUGAUUGUUGGGUUGGAGAAGACCUACUGUCCCUUCAAGGACUGUUCUGUUUUGUUGGUGAAUGAUGGAGAAAAAGAUGUGAUCAGUGCUGAGUGCCCCUCUUGUCAUAGGCUAUUUUGCGCACGGUGUAAGGUUCCUUGGCAUGGAAUUAUGAGUUGUGAAGAAUUCCAAGAGAUAGAAAGGAGCAAAGAUGAAAUAGUGUUGAAAAACUAA